CUUCAUUCAAGAUUCCAUUCAAGCCCUAGUGGCAUGCCGCUAGUGUUCGUGCUCAUGCGAGGCCCCGACUGCAGACAUACUCAUGGGGCCUGCGGCAGGUAGAGAUCACGUGCGAAUCUAGCGUCCAAAUCACAUCGAUCCUCCGCCAGAUCCGCCUAAUCCCGACGUUGGCAACGAACACUCAACAGCACCGAAUCAAGUCAUGAGCGAAGCCAGUGAGAGCAGGUCACGGAGGCGACGGCAACGAUCGCGAAUCGCAUGCGAGCCGUGUCGUGAGCGGAAGCGGAGAUGUGAUGGAGACCAGCCAGCAUGCGAGCUAUGCCGGAACUUCGGAUAUGAAUGUUCAUACCGUUCGCAUCCGCGCAAGCGAAGGCGCGAGGGCACAAGCACGUUGCCAUCUCAGCCAUAUUCCUCAAGUCCGCAAGAGAAUAGUGGGGCACUCCAGGACCAAACACUAGCCCCUCCAGCAUUGGCUCCAACACCAUUUGCGCAAUCAUUAGAAAGCAACUCAGGAUCCGCCUUCGUUCGAACAUUCGCUAUCACGGUGGAUCCAAGCAAUGCUCCGCCAUCACAGAUGCUGGGCUGGAACGUCUUCCUCGGCCAGCGCCAAGUCUCUACGAACAUGCCGUUACGGAGCGUCACGGAUAUCGUGACGCAGGCGGAACUGGAAGACAUCGUGGCGGUUUACUUCGACAAGAUUGAUCCGUGCUACGGGUUCGUCGACCGUGAACUCGUGGAUCAGACAGUGCAGCAAUUGUGGGUUCGUGGAAGCAGCCUCUCGAUUCCAGAAGCAGUGAUCUGCGGUAUCGCGGCCUUAGGCUGCGCGUUCUCGAACCUCCAAAGCCUAGAGACAGAGACAAGUCUUUUUGUUCUAGCAAAGCUCCUGCUUGAUCUGAGUGCUGAAGACAUCACCUAUAAUACCGCCACUGCUUGGGUCCUCCGUACAGUCUACCUACGUCUAACCGGAAGACCUGAGGAGACCUGGAUGGCAAGCUGCAUAGCUCUCCACAUGAUAGAUGCUGCGGGCUUGCAUUGUGAAAUCGGCACAGACACUCCAUUCCGUCGAGCUGAUCGACCCUCCACGCCAGAUAUGAAUCGAAGAAUAUUGGGGGUUGCUCGUCAUCUUAAUGUCUGGCUAUCUUUUGAUCUCGGCCGGACUCGUGUCACAUUACAGAAUAUGUCUACAGUCCCUGCGUCACCCCGACCCAAAGAUUACACUACCGAGCUUCUCGGCCUCCUGUUCUACACAGAGAACCUAGACCCAACCAAAAGCAUAAGCGGUCCGGAACUUAUCAACGCCAUUUCAGAAGUACUGAACCGGAUCCAUACCCAACCUCCCUCCAUCCUAGCUCAGUGCAAUUUGACCCUGUGUCUUUUCCGCCGACUGUACACGCUGAGAUGGCAUGUUCAAGAUGAUGUUUUGGACAAAGUUGUGCAGCUCAUCGAAAAAGCAAUACAAGGUGUACACACGCUGUUAGAAGCUGGGAGUCCCUGGCAUCAUAUGGCCAACGUACCAUUCCAAUCGGUCUGCACCCUCCUCGCCAUCGACACAACGAAGUCAUUCUCUUUAUUAGGGCCUACUAUGUCAUGUCUAUCGAGAGUGAGCGAAACCUACCAAACAAAAGCUACCCAGGAUGCGUACACGGCGGCUCGCGCACUCAUUUCGAUGCAUCAAAAACGGAGAGAAGCGAAUGUCGUCAGGCAGUCGGAGAUGUUGAAACUUUAUCCUGUUGGUGCAUCGACAGAGAAUGACACCAAUGGCCACUUCUCUGUGGACCAAGCUCAAACUUUUGCUGAUCUUCCGUGGUUCAACGAGUUCUUUACAGACAUUGAGAUUACGAGCUUCUUCAAUGGCACGGCCUGA